AUAGCGUUACCGACUGUGCGCAUCACGUGAUCGGGAUGCGUAUCCGAAUCAUGGCUUUCACAUGAUCAGCUAUGAAUGUGCGCCUAGGAUACUGGGUGCGAUGUGACCUACAGUUGAUGCGCAAUUCACAGUCUGAGGAACCGUGAUAUUUCGAUAGUCAUUGACCCAUAAAAUUGUUCAUUCAUGCAACCCAGAAGUUCUAACACUAGCCUCUUCCGCAGGAAUGCGAGUCACGCGCGGAAGAGGACUGCCAACGCUUGCAAGCGCUGCCGACAACAUAAGAUAAAAUGUACCGGUAUCCAGCCAUGUGCCCAUUGUGAACGCAGGAAGAUAACGUGUGUGUUCGACGAAAAAUCGGAAAAGGUCAUUGUAACUCGCGGUUGGUUAAGCGACCUGGAACGACAAGCAGCGCAUGCUAGCAGACUGGAAAACACUGUUACGGAGUCUCAAGGAACGAUCGGUCAUGAGCGCGGUGGAGAGCAUGAUACUGGCUCACCAACUCCUGCAUCUCAACUUGGGAUAGAUGACCCGUCUGAAUCGUCUGAGUUGGGGGAUUCGAAUACAGAUGUACCGCAACCACCCCAACAGUUCACGAAUUAUCUCGUGACAGGGCCUUCUUUUUACUACAGUCCUACUUCUAUAAAUCAAUCGUAUUAUCUAGGAACAUCAUCGAACUGGUCCUUUGGCAGACGUGUCUUGAUCCUAGCCCACAACAAAGUCUUCGGCGACACUUCUCUACCUCAUGAGAUCUUGCACUUUGACGGAUCUUCUUACGAGCUUGGGUGGGAUGGUAGGAAGACUGGGACGGAGACAGGAGGGCAACCUAUACUUCCCAUUGGAGAGUAUGCUCGCUUCCUUAUUGGCGCCGUGAAAUACCACUGCGGACAAUUAUUCCAUCUCUUUGACGAGAACGACUUCAUGGACAAGUUUGAGAAGCUCCAGCGCAACGACAAUGAUGGGCCAGACACCUCGGAUCUAUGGUAUAUCCAUUACCUACUAAUACUGGCACUCGGUAAGGCUCUACUUGGACAGACAGAAGGGCGACGGCCUCCUGGUGCAGAACUCUUUGUCCACGCAAUGAAACUGCUACCUAGCAUGAUCUAUCUGUGGACUCAGCCGAUUGAAUCUACUGAGAUACUUUGUUGUACAAUGAUCUACCUACAAUGUCUAGAUCUACGAAUUGUGGCCUACAAUUACAUUGGUCAGGCAAUGCGCAUAGCCAUCACUAAUGGAUGGCACACCGACAUACCGAGUCAGCAUUUCGCACCCGAUGUUCUCGAGAGAUGUCGCCGGAUUUGGUGGACCGUCUACACUCUCGAUUGCCACAUGUCCGUUUUGCAGGGCACGCCGAUUCCACUGAAUGAAUGGAAUAUUAGCUCCCAGCUCCCGAAUUUCGGAGGUUCUGAAAAGGAGUCGCGUGCAUUGAGAAUGCAUGUCAAGCUUGCAAAAAUCAUUGCUUUCAUCCAACAAACCGUUUAUCGUAUUGACGACUCGGCCGACGGGUACUUCUUGAAAAGCAUCAAGACUACCUUGAAGUACCUUGCCAAAGUCAAUGACGAGCGGGCAAUUGAGUUCCCGUUGAAGAUAGACGAUUCUUCUCACAGUAUUUCUCGGCUUUCCGCUCACUUCUACCUUUUCCAUCAUCAGGCCAUAAUAUUGGCCAUAAAGCCGUUGUUAUUCUUCUUUUUCAAAAGGCGGUUGGAAGCAUCGAAGCGCAUUCGGAUUCCGACAGCAGGCGGUGUUCGAGCACUGGCGCGGAUAGGUGUCGGCUCAGCCCAGCAGAUUAUGAAGACGCUCGCUGCCCUUCGAACACAGGAUCUUCUUGGUAUAGUAAGCAAUGGUAAUAUUAGAACUUUGCCUAAUCGUAUUCUAUAGAGCGAUUUAUACCUUUCGAUCUUGAGUCCGUGUGGCAUGCUACCCUCGUCAUUCUUGUCGCACAUGCAGUAGAUCCGUCCAUCUGUAAGACGCAAGAUUCGUCACUGCAGGUUGCACACUCUAUCCUCAAUGACAUGGCUUCUCGGGGGAAUUUGAUUGCAGCUUGUCGCAAGGCCGAGUUCGAACACCUUGAUAUGACGUUAUCUCA